UGUCGCCAGAUUCGAAGCUUUUGACUCCAGUGAUGACUCCAACAGAAGCUCCGGCAACGGAGCCACCGAGCCGCCAUCGAUGGAAGAGAAAAGUCUAGGUUUUAAGGAUUUUGGUGGUGGCUAG